UUCAUUUAGCCAGAGGAUACCCAAAGUAAUCUCAAAGGUUAUGGACUUAGAUUUUUUUUCAUUUAAAAAAACAAAGACUUAGCUUUGAGUAGAAUGAACAGGAAUAUGAGUGUUCUUUUCAAUUUCUGUAAGUUAAUGAUUCUUUUUUCUCUUCCACCACUUAUUUUCCUAAAGAACUGGAGAUAUUGAUCUUGCCUCUGAGUCGGCUUUGAAACUCUCCAGUGACAAGCCCUGUAAUGAGUAGAUGAGAUGCUGACCUAUUAGAAUUUGCCUAUAGAUUUAAGCUUUGUAGCAAAAGCACAAAUUGAACAUCUUGCCUUACAUGUUAGCUAUUUUCAUAUGUCCUAUGAGCAAACAAUAUCUUUAUGUGCCUGAUGUGGGUGCGGGGUGAUGAAAUUUCUCAGACUGCGCAUCUGGAGAGUUCCUUUACUGGACGCACCACAUUAUUCUGCCUGCUGGAUCAGGGCCGACUACCAGGACACCACUUCGGAAAGAAACCGGACAUGGGUUACCUGACGUCAUCUUCAUUUUUUCAUCUGAAAAUAUGUUUCAGAGUGCAGAACAUGUUACAAGAACUGGAUUAGGCUCUGGCAGCAUUACAUUACCUAUUUAUAACAGCCACUCCAGACGCAGAAUUCACACUACCGGUGACCCCUGAGCUGAAAGUGCUAGUCUUGGGUUCUUGGUGUCUUCAUGCCUGUGAAAGAAAACCCUCUGGAGCAACUCAUUUUAAAUUCAGGCCUCAAAAGUAUUUCCACAGAUCAGUUCCAAGGAAUACUAUCUCAGAAAGGAAGGGAGGAGCAGCCUGAGCAAAAGUCAGCCAAAACAGACUGCAGAAUCAGACCAGUGAAGGCUGCAGAUAUUUUAAUGAGUUUGUCUUAAAAAACUGAGAUUUAAAAUAAGCAGCUGAAAGUGGACGAAAUGAGAACCUACCCAAACUAGUACAAGAAAAUCAAAUGAGACAAAUAGAAAUUUAAAAUAUAACCACUUAAAUUUAAAACUCAAUGAACCGAAAGUGGGAAAUCUGAAGAUGUUACACAAAAUGCAGGAUAUCGAAGUGGACUAAGUGAAAGAACUUGUUACUGGAUUUAAGGAUGAAAUGGGCAACUUGCACUUAACUGGAAUUCCAGGAGAGAGUGGACGAUAGAGAGGCACUAUUUGAAGAGCAGAUCUGAAUGCUUACUGUGUGGGAGUGUGAGCUACUGUGUAGUAAAACUAUGAUGAUAAAUUAAAGAACACUUAAACAAAUCAGCACUAGGCACCUCUGGAGGGGAGGGGAGGCGCACGGGUGCUCGUGUAAGUCUGUGAACCGUACACAGUCAUCUAUACAUGAUUUUGAACAUAUCCUACGUCACUUUUAAAAAGUCUGGGUCGGUGUCUGGGAGCUGGCGGAAACUCGCUAAAGGUGACAAACCCUGACCGGAAGCGCUCCUUGCCUGGCUCCGCGGAGCUUGAGUCUCAGACACCAGCUUCCUCGUACGUCACGGCCCCUGCGACCCCUAGCGGCGCCUCAAGGCUGCGGCGAAACGGGCGGGCACCACCCCCUCGGCUCCACGGGUGGGACUUCCGGGUGGCGGGACUUCCGGCCGCUGAGUGACGGGCGCAGCAUCAGCACCAGCAGCUACGGCAGCAGCCGAACCCUGAGGCGACAGCGGCUGCGGUUGCAGCGGAGGCGACGGGCCGCGGCCUGCGGACUACGGGCAGCCGGGGCAGGCGCGCCGGCAGACAGUGGGCCGCGCUGGCGGCAGCGGUGGCCGCAAUGAUGGAGAUCCAGAUGGACGAGGGCGGCGGCGUGGUGGUGUAUCAGGACGACUACUGCUCUGGCUCGGUGAUGUCGGAGCGGGUGUCGGGCCUGGCGGGUUCCAUCUACCGCGAGUUCGAGCGCCUCAUCCACUGUUACGACGAGGAGGUGGUCAAGGAGCUCAUGCCGCUCGUGGUCAACGUGCUGGAGAACCUGGACUCGGUGCUCAGCGAGAACCAGGAGCACGAGGUGGAGCUGGAGCUGCUGCGCGAGGACAACGAGCAGCUGCUCACUCAGUACGAGCGCGAGAAGGCUCUGCGCAAGCAGGCCGAGGAGAAAUUCAUCGAGUUUGAAGAUGCCUUGGAACAAGAGAAGAAAGAGCUACAAAUCCAGGUGGAACACUAUGAGUUUCAGACCCGCCAGCUGGAACUGAAGGCCAAAAACUAUGCAGAUCAAAGACUAAAACAGAGGGAGUCAGAGAUGAAGAAGGAAUACAACGCUCUGCACCAGCGACACACAGAGAUGAUACAGACCUACGUGGAGCACAUCGAGAGGUCCAAGAUGCAACAAGUUGGGGGGAACAGCCAGACCGAGAGCAGCCUGCCCGGGCGGAGCAGGAAGGAGCGCCCCACCUCUCUGAAUGUCUUCCCCCUGACCGACGGCAUGGUACGUGCACAGAUGGGGGGCAAACUCGUGCCUUCGGGGGACCACUGGCACCUGAGUGACCUCGGCCAGCUGCAGUUCAGCUCCAGCUACCAGUGUCCACAAGAUGAGAUGUCUGAGUCGGGCCAGUCCUCAGCAGCUGCCACACCCAGCACCACAGGCACCAAGUCCAACACACCCACGUCCUCCGUGCCCUCGGCUGCAGUCACGCCCCUCAACGAGAGCCUACAGCCCCUGGGGGACUAUGGCGCUGGCACCAAGAACAGCAAGCGGACUCGGGAGAAGCGGAACAGCCGCAACAUGGAGGUCCAGGUCACACAGGAGAUGCGCAACGUCAGCAUAGGCAUGGGCAGCAGUGAUGAGUGGUCUGAUGUUCAAGACAUUAUCGACUCCACUCCAGAACUGGAUAUGGGUCGGGAGCCCCGCCUGGACCGCACUGGCAACAGCCCAACUCAGGGGAUCGUCAACAAGGCUUUUGGCAUCAACACUGACUCCCUGUACCACGAGCUAUCGACUGCAGGGUCCGAGGUCAUCGGGGACGUGGACGAAGGGGCUGACCUACUAGGAGAGUUCUCAGUGCGCGAUGAUUUUUUUGGAAUGGGCAAGGAAGUGGGGAAUCUGCUGCUGGAGAACUCACAGCUUCUGGAAACCAAAAACGCUCUGAACGUGGUGAAGAAUGACCUUAUCGCCAAAGUAGACCAACUGUCAGGGGAGCAGGAGGUGCUGAAGGGGGACUUGGAAGCGGCUAGGCAGGCCAAACUAAGGUUGGAGAGCCGCAUCAAGGACCUGGAGGAGGAGCUCAGGAGAGUGAAGUCAGAGGCUAUCACUGCCCGCCGCGAACCCAAAGAAGAGGGGGAGGAUGUAAGCAGCUAUCUCUGUACAGAAUUGGACAAGAUCCCCAUGGCACAGCGCCGCCGCUUCACGCGGGUGGAGAUGGCUCGUGUGCUCAUGGAGCGCAACCAGUACAAGGAGCGGCUGAUGGAGCUUCAGGAGGCUGUGCGGUGGACCGAGAUGAUCAGAGCAUCCCGAGAGCACCCAUCUGUACAGGAGAAGAAGAAGUCCACUAUCUGGCAGUUCUUCAGCCGCCUCUUCAGCUCCUCGUCCAGCCCCCCUCCGGCCAAGCGGUCCUACCCUUCAGUGAACAUUCAUUAUAAGUCGCCCACCACAGCGGGCUUCAGCCAGCGCCGAAGCCAUGCCCUGUGCCAGAUCUCAGCGGGCAGCCGGCCCCUGGAGUUCUUCCCUGAUGAUGACUGCACCUCCUCUGCCCGGCGGGAGCAGAAGCGAGAGCAAUACCGCCAGGUGCGCGAGCACGUGCGCAACGACGACGGGCGGCUGCAGGCCUGCGGCUGGAGCCUGCCGGCCAAGUACAAGCAGCUGAGUCCCAAUGGGGGCCAGGAGGACACCCGGAUGAAGAACGUGCCUGUCCCUGUGUACUGCCGCCCUCUGGUGGAGAAGGACCCGACUAUGAAGCUGUGGUGUGCUGCGGGUGUCAACUUGAGUGGGUGGAAACCGAGCGAGGACCACACCGGUAAUGGAGUCAAGCCUGCACCAGGCUGCGACCCUCUGACCUGCGACCGGGAAGUGGAAGGAGAAGCCAAGAGCAACCACACGUCCCCCGAGAAGAAGAAGGCAAAAGAGCCUGAGACUGACGCCACCUCCAGCCGUGUGUGGAUCCUCACCAGCACCUUGACCACCAGCAAAGUGGUGAUCAUCGAUGCCAACCAGCCAGGCACCGUCGUAGACCAGUUCACUGUCUGCAAUGCCCACGUUCUAUGCAUCUCCAGCAUCCCUGCGGCCAGUGACAGUGACUACCCUCCGGGGGAGAUCUUCCUGGACAGCGACAUGAACCCUGAGGACUCUGGUACGGACGGAGUGCUGGCCGGCAUCACCCUGGUAGGUUGUGCCACUCGCUGCAACGUGCCACGGAGCAACUGCUCCUCCCGAGGGGACACCCCAGUGCUGGACAAGGGCCAGGGGGAGGUGGCGGCUGUCGCCAAUGGGAAGGUCAAUCCAUCUCAGUCCACGGAGGAGGCCACGGAGGCCACAGAGGUUCCUGACUCUGGGCCCAGUGAAGCAGAAGCAGCUGCAGUGCGGCCUGGGCCCCUCACGGAGCACGUCUUCACCGACCCUGCCCCUGCCCCACCCCCCAGUGCCCAGCCUGGCAGUGAGAACGGGCCAGAGGCCAACACGUGUGGAGUACAGCCUGAGCCAGAGCCUAGCGGAGACCCCGAGGGGGCCAGCAGCAGUGCUGCGCCCACCAUGUGGCUGGGAGCUCAGAAUGGCUGGCUGUACGUGCACUCAGCUGUGGCCAACUGGAAGAAGUGUCUGCACUCCAUCAAGUUGAAGGACUCCGUGCUGAGCCUGGUGCAUGUGAAAGGACGAGUGCUGGUAGCUCUGGCAGAUGGGACUCUGGCCAUCUUCCACCGAGGCGAAGAUGGCCAGUGGGACCUGAGCAACUAUCACCUGAUGGACCUGGGCCACCCACACCACUCCAUCCGUUGCAUGGCCGUUGUGUACGACCGCGUCUGGUGCGGCUACAAGAACAAGGUGCAUGUCAUCCAACCCAAGACAAUGCAGAUCGAGAAGUCAUUUGAUGCCCACCCACGGCGGGAGAGCCAGGUGCGGCAGCUGGCAUGGAUUGGUGACGGAGUGUGGGUGUCUAUCCGCUUGGACUCCACGCUGCGGCUGUACCAUGCCCACACGCACCAGCACCUGCAGGAUGUGGACAUCGAGCCCUAUGUCAGCAAGAUGCUGGGCACGGGCAAGCUGGGCUUCUCCUUCGUGCGCAUCACUGCCCUGCUCAUUGCUGGCAACCGCCUCUGGGUGGGCACCGGCAACGGAGUUGUCAUCUCCAUCCCACUGACCGAGACCGUGGUCCUACAUCGAGGCCAGCUCCUGGGGCUCCGAGCCAACAAGACAUCCCCCACAUCUGGGGAGGGGGCCCGCCCAGGGGGCGUCAUCCAUGUGUACGGUGACGACAGCAGUGACAAAUCGGCCAGCAGCUUCAUCCCUUACUGCUCCAUGGCCCAGGCCCAGCUCUGCUUCCACGGGCACCGUGAUGCUGUCAAGUUCUUUGUCUCAGUGCCAGGGAAUGUGUUGGCCACUCUCAAUGGCAGCGUGCUGGACAGCCCAUCUGAGAGCCCUGGGCCUGCCGCCCCCGCCUCAGAUGCAGAGGGCCAGAAACUGAAGAAUGUGCUGGUGCUGAGCGGUGGGGAGGGCUACAUUGACUUCCGCAUCGGUGAUGGAGAAGACGAUGAGUCGGAGGAGAAUGCAGGAGAAGUGAGCCAGGUGAAGCCCAUGCUGUCCAAGGCCGAGCGCAGCCACAUCAUUGUGUGGCAGGUGUCCUACUCCCCCGAGUGAGGCAUGGUUUCCACCGCCCCCUGCCUGAUGCCAUUGUGUACAUACACCCCACCCCACCCACCUGCCAUGACCUGCCCCUUAAGGCAGCCUGUCAGUCCCUCUCUAACCUCUCAACCUGCAGCUUUCACCUUAGGUCUGGCCCAGGAGCCGGCAGGGGGCGGUGAGCAGCAAAGCGGGUCUGGCUGGGUGGAGGAGGGCAGUGGGUAGGAGAGGCAGAACCUCUGGGGACACAGUUUUCUCAGCAGCUCUUGGCUAGGUUCUGAACCCAGAGUCCAGUUCCAGGGCACUACAGGGCCAGAAUGAAGCAGAGUCCCAGGGUGGGCUGGGCCGGGGCAGCCCCCCAGGUGGCUCCCAGAAAUACCCUGGUCUCCCCACUCCCAUCACUUACUCCCAGGACCCCCAGAGCAGUAAGCAGGGACUUCACCCCAUCAAGUCUCCCCACUCAAGCCCACUUGUCUUUGCCUGCUCUCCACAGGGGUAGGGGCCCUAAGGGAACCAGCCCAGCCUCUUGCCUUCCCUGGGUUCCCCAGGUUCCCCUCCCACCCAACCCCCUACCCCAACCUGGGAACUGGCAUGAAAGCACGUAACCAGGCUUCCUGGGGCAGCUGUUUGAGCAGACAGAUGCCCUCAUUCCACUCAAACCCCUUGAUCGUUCUAUAUGGCAGGCUCUCAUGGGCCCUCACUGACUCAUGUCCUCUCCCCCCUUCCUGGGCAGAAGACCCACCUUGUAGAAGCAGGCCCUGGAGCCCUGCCCCUCCUGGAAGCCCCUAGGGUGGAAUUUCUCAGGCUGCCAGGGCAGGCUCAGGCCUCAGAAAGAAGGGGAAGCCCCUGGCUUCUCCUGGGGUCAGUCCGAGGACACAGGCCUAGCCUCAGGGUGAUGGGGGAAGGUGUGCUCCAGGGCCUGCCUCCCAAGCAGUCUCCAAGGAGCUCAGCUCCCAAGACAGGCUACUAAGUGCCUUGGGCCGGUGGUGUGGCCUGCUCCUUUGAGGGCAACUGACAGGCUGACAGCAGAGGCCCUAAGGGCUAAGACAGGGGGCACCUCGCUUGGCUCUAGGAGCAUGUGCCUGCCCGCUUUGAAAGGUAUGGCCCUGGACUGCUGCCUCCCCACUUGCCCAGGCCUUAGUCCUGCUCUGAAAGGCACUAACCAGGACAGCCCCAGGCCCUGCUGUCCACCCACCUCCCACCAGAGAAGCACAGAUCUUGGGCAGCCAUCCCACAGCCCAGCCAGGCACUACUGCAGUCACGUGCCACUGCAGGCUUCUCCCCACCGCCCUGCCACUUUCCACUGUGAUGUACGUCAAUUCCUUUGUCUGUUCCCACAGGGCCAUAAAUGACUUGGGGGUUAUCUGGUUGGGUGCAGCUGGGGGAAGUGGCUGGGUGACAGUUCUCCUCAGGCUUUGGCCCUGCAAACAAACUCACGUAUCUGCUCUGUAUGUAAUAAAUGUCUUAACAUGG